UAAAGUUAGCAAAUGGCAGCACAGUUUGUGUUUUACUUCAUUUUCACGUUGUCAGAUAAAAAAACAAGUCAAAAUUUACGUUUUCGAUGGAGGGAGAUGCAUCAAAAAGCGAUGAUGAGGACACCGUCCCAGUCAAGAUCGGUAUAAUUGGUGAGGCCAAUCUCGAUACACCGAUAUAUCUGACAGAGCGCAUGGAAUAUGCAGUGUGUACGCCGUUCGGGAGGCCAUCAGACGUGAUCAUCGAUGGCCAAAUUGAAGGUGUCAAUGUGUGCCUCCUGUCAAGGAAUGGUCGACUCCACGAUAUCAUGCCUUCAAAUAUCAACUACCGGGCCAACGUGUGGGCCAUGCGCAAGAUGGGCUGCACCCACAUCUUGGUGAGCAAUACCUACAGCUCCCUACGUGACACAAUACAGCCGGGCAUGCUGGUUGUGCCAGACGACUUUAUAGAUCACACGUCCAGGCGAGCCCAGACCUUUUAUGAUGGCGCGCCAGGCAGUCCUCUGGGCGUCUGCCAUGUUCCCAUGACCCCUCCGUUUUGUGACCGCACCCGUAAGCAUCUUUUGGACGCCGCCCAGGAGCUAGAGUUUCCCACGCGAUCCUCCGCCACGGUGCUGGCCAUCGAAGGACCUCGUUAUUCGACCAUGGCCGAGAAUAACAUGUACCGCAAGUGGGGAGCUGAUCUCCUAAGCAUGACGUUGUGCCCCGAGGCCACCUUAGCCAAGGAGGCCGGCAUUCUGUUUGCCUCUUUGGGCCUGGUCACUAACAUGGAAUGCUGGUGUGCCAAGCAACCGAACGCCACGACCCACGAAAUAAUCUAUAUCUUUAAAAAACAAGCCGAGAACCUCCAGAACGUAAUGGUUUCGGCCAUAAAGAGUAUUUCUAAAGAGGAUUGGGCUGAGGAUAUUCUGAAGGCAAAGGUAUUGGUGUGCAGUAACUUCGCGAACAGUAAAUAAUAGUGUAAUCCCUUGUUAAAUUUGGUUUAAAUAUAUUUUUUGGAUAAAAAACGAA